AUGAAAGAGGACGAUGAUAUUCUAACUACUUAUUGUGGUUCACCUGGCCAAAGAUUUUAUUAUCCACCUACUAAAUUACGAUCCGAAAAAAAGGCUGACCGCAGAACAAGUGCUAAACAUAAAUGGCUUACGGGUAAAACGGCAAUGGACAUUGACUUACUGAUUGACUUUGUCGAGAACUUUAAUGCUCGUAGAACAUUUGGAAGAGCGAUGGAAGUUGUACAAGCGGCGAACAGACUCGAGAAAAAUGCUACAAAGAAACCUGAUAAUGAGGAUGAUGAGGAAGAACUACAAAAUGUGCAAGAAAAAUCAAAUCAUAAUCAAAAGCAGGCCCAAGAUAUCGAAACGGAUCCAGAUUUUAUCCCAAGUUGGCAUCCUCAACCGGCUCAAACUCCCUCCGAGCCAGUAGUAGAGAAAAGUGAAUCAGAGAACUUGGCUGACAUACCUGUGGAAAAUGCUCCAACGCCGCCAAAUCCUGCCGCUAAUCCUGCACCAGUGGCUAAAAAAGAGAUGGGAAAGAAAACCGUGUCUUAUAGCACUACCGUUUCCACCUCUACUGCACAAAUAGCAAAAACAACAGAACAGACGAACACAUUUUUAACGGGAAUCGUGGAUCAAGGAUCUAUGGAAAAAUACGAGAGAGAAGCUAAAGAACAAGGACGAGAAGAUGUUCCUGGCCACAAAAAUUAUGUUCCAAGUAUGAUAGGAGGAGCUUUCCAAGCCGAUACAGCAGUCUUGGUGAUCUCCGCUUGUAAAGGUGAAUUCGAAACAGGAUUUGGAAGAGGAGGCCAAAUUCGUGAACAUGGUUUGCUGGUCAGAACUUUGGGUGUGAGUAAACUCAUAGUGGUUAUUAAUAAAAUGGAUAAUCCCACCGUUUGUUGGUCUAAAGCAAGGUAA